AUGGGACAACGAAUGCCAUCGCCGCCAUCUUCACAUAUAACAAAUCCAUGGAAAACUCCCGAACAAACCGCAUCCUCAUCACAUGGUCAUGAUGAGGUAAUUUCACCAGAGACAAAUACAUAUUCCCCAGAUUUUUCAAACUACACACGUAACGGUAGUAGUUAUAGACAUGUUGAUAAAAAAUCAGCUAGUCCCCCAACAACAACAUUUGACAAUCAAACUUUUCAGGAAAGUAAUCACGACAACACAAAUAAUCAACAAUAUGUGGAGGCUGAUGCAGGAGAUGGGACGAAAGCUCAUGAACAAUAUAUCACUGGUUUCCCACUAUUCUUAACCAUUUCAUCAUGUAUUAUAUCGUUAUUUCUUGUAGCUUUGGAUCAAACCAUUGUUUCGACAAUUUUAACUACUGUGGGGAAUAAAUUCAAUGCAUUUGAAAAAAUUGGUUGGUUAACAUCAGGUUUCAUGUUACCCAUGGCAUGUCUUGUUCCUUCAUAUGGUAAUAUAAGUAUAGCAUUUGGUCGUAAGUGGACAUUAGUUGCGGGGAUUAUAAUAUUCGAAAUUGGAUCAUUGAUUUCCGCUAUAAGUAAUUCAAUGAGUUUAUUAAUUGGUGGUAGAGUCAUUCAAGGUAUUGGAGGUGGAUCAAUUCAAGCUAUAGUCAUGGUUAUAUUGACCGAAGUUGUCCCCAUGAAUAGAAGAUCGUUAGUGUUUGCCCUGAUUUCUGUUGUCUAUUCGACAUCUAGUGUUCUUGGUCCUAUAAUUGGAGGUGCAUUAGAGAAAAUAACUUGGAGAUGGUGUUUCUAUAUAAAUUUACCACUCGGAGGAGCAGCAUUGGUUAUCUUGAUGCUCGGUUUCCAUCCUCCCAAACCACAAGGUAAUGUUCGUGAAAAAUUACUGAAAAUUGAUUUUAUUGGGUUUGUUUUAUUGACUUCCGGUUUAGUAUUGGUGUUGUUGGCCUUAACAUUUGGUGGUGUAAACUAUCCUUGGAAUUCAGGAUCAAUUAUUGCUUUAUUCACUGUUGGAGGAGGCAUGUUGUUAUUGUUUGUGAUUUGGAACUUCAAAUAUUCGGCAAACCCAAUUAUUUUGACCGAAUUAAUAGUUGACUGGAGAGUAUUACUGGCUUGUUUAAGUGGAAUGUUUAACUUUGCCUUUUUCAUAAGUAAUUUAACCUAUUUGGCAGUCUAUUUCCAAGUGAUAUUCAAUGCCAGCAGUUUGCAAUCUGGUAUUGAUUUAUUGCCUAUGGUCAUUUCUGUAACACUAGCUUCUUUGGCAAACAGUUUUUUCAUUGAUUUCACCAAAAAUGUGAAAAUAACCAUGUUAGUAUCUGGUGUAUUAUCGCCUUUGGGAUGUGGUUUAUUUUUAUUAUUGGAUGAAGACUCUUCUAUUGGCAUUCGUAUUGGACUACUCAUUAUAAGUGGUGUUUCUAUCGGAUUACAAUUCCAAAGUUCAUUAUUGUCUGCCCAAUUAGCGGUAUCUAAAGAUAUUCCAGGAGCCACUAUUUUAGUGACCGUCUUUCUGGAUUUUGUUAAAAAUUUUGCUUCCACUAUAUCCGUUACAUUGGCACAAUUACUUUAUCAAACAACAGGGCAAAAAUACAUUACCGACAUGAUGGGAAAUUUACCAGAAGAUUCACAAGACUAUAAAGAUUUAAACAAAUACACUGCAGCAAAGUUUAUUUCCAAUCCAGAAAUUGUACAAGAUUUACCUGAUCUGGCCAAAAGUUUGGUAUUGAGUCAACUUAUGAAGGCAUUGAAAAACGUGUUUUAUUUGGGUCUUGGGUUGGCUAUUCUAUGUUUUAUCACAUCGCUUUUCACCACAAAUAAAAAGAUACCCAAAAACGUAGAAAUCAAGAAAAACGACGACGAAGAAAGUAAUAAGAACGAAUAG